AUGGGCAGGGACAAGAAGAAGAAGGGCGCUGUUGCGACGGCUCCCACCGGAACUCAUGCCAAGAGCAGGCAUAAGAAAGAUCGCAAAGGAAAUCCUGUGGAUUGGGCGGCCCCUCUGCCCCCAGGUUUGGUUGCUAUUCCUGACAAGCCACAGCUCAGCAAGAAGUACAAGACAUGGUACGAGGCCGUCGAGAACAAGAACAAAAAGAAGAGGCUCGAAUUCGAGGUAACUGGAUCAUGCGGCUCGCUCGCUCGCUCGCUGUCUCGCAUCGUCCUGGACACUAACCAAGAACAGUUCACCCAAAACCGACAACCUCCCCCGGGCAUGGAAUUUGUUCCUAUUGGGAACCCCGCCCUGACGACUCUCUGUAAGGAGCUGUCUCGAGAGCGCGAUGCUAUGAUCUUCAUCGUGACGUCAAUGAAUGGUGUAUUCUCGGCAGCCUUAAGCUUUCACCUCAACCGUGUGGGCCACCACUUCCGGGAGUCAAUUGUGGAAGAAGCUCGCAAAACUCUUGGGGAUGAUCAGCUGGUUGGUACCAGUGCUCAGCUGGGCCUUCCUGAACCCAUCCCGGAGAGACAAGAAGACAUCACCAAGCAAGCUGACGCAGCUAUAAGAGAUCUGUUUCCGCGCAUUCCUCAUACCGACCGCCAGAUGAUUCUGGAUCAUGCGUUUAACAAGGUAGGUACAUCACCAUUGCUGGCUCAACAACCCAAACUCACUCCUAGACAGUCGAGGGUCGCACAGGGCAAAGACUCUAUUCCGGUUGGCCUUGCUGCCGACAUAACCUUGUCACGCCGAGUUCAGCUCGCUGUAUUGGCUCAUAUCCGCCAUAACCAUACUCGGUAUGAUAAGCUGCUCAAAGAGACAUCUUGGGUCAAUGCGAGAAAAGCCGUCGAGUCCCUCUGCCUCGACUACCUCGUCAAGUGGCGAGGAGAUGAGGAGACAGGACGAGACCAGCUCGAUGAGAUUCUGUACGAGGUCAUCGUGAUCUCCGAUUCUGAGAGCGACGAUGAGGAUGAUGAUGAUGAUGACGACGAGGAUGAUUCGUCUGAUACCUCGGUGGCGGACGAUGAAGACCAAGCGGAGGCGAACUGGGUGCCUCCCUCCAUACGAGCUGCGCAAUUACGACAGAACCAAACUGCCGCCCACCCUGCGGUUCGACAGGUUGCUGAGCAGCCACGCGGGGACUAUGGUCCCCGCGUGGCCCACCCAGAGCGCAGCGCCAUCAAGAAGACUCAACAGAAAGAUCGCAAAGCUGCCAAGUGGGCACAGCGCGGGUUCAGUCGCUAUCAAGCGGCCCGCGACGUGGCUUGGAAUGAGGCUGUGGAGCGUCAACGACGUGCACCAGAAGAAUCCGUAACUUCUGCAGCUCCAAUGGCCAAUGGUAGGUCUACCAGCCGUGGCCCGUUACGCCUCGAAUACCCAACUCGGUUGGGAUCUGAUCUUUCUACAGCUCGCAGUCCGCAGGAGCGGGUAUAUUAUUCUCAAACUCCCCUCGACCUCCACAACGGGUUCCAAGAGGCUGUGAGCCGGCCUGGCUACACGGAUGUAGCGCAGCGUAUCUCUACUGCCACCGGUAGUCAUGCUCCAGAGGCGCCACGCCCUUACAGGAUUGCAGUUGAGAAUGAACGUGGACCUAUAGUUGGGUCUCAUGCCUAUCCUGACCGUCAGGGUGACCGGGCGAGUCACUAUCACAGCCAGGAACCCAAGGAGCAUGUUUUACAGUCGAUCGAGCCUGCCUCUCCCUCACGACUCACUGCGAAGCAACAUCCCUCCGCGUUUGAGUCUGCUCCGAUGGGAUACAUGACACAUCGUGCUGAAGACUCCUACAGCAGGCCCACUGAGGCGCGCGGAUACCGGACACCGGGCGGUGAGGAAGGCUUCGUCAGACUACCUCCGCGGUCUGAACAGAACUGGAUGCCCGGCGGACCUGCUAAUUCGAGUUUGCACCGCUUAACAACAUACCAGGAUAUUGUUCCACGCCAUGAUGGCGUGGCGCACCUUAGGUCAGAGGCAAGACCCGUUUAUGUCGAGGACAGCGGACUAGUCCGUAGGUCGGAAGCCCGUCCCAUCUACAUUGAAGGCCCCUCAGCGCCUACGCCGCAUCAUUGGGCAGAGCCUAUACGUCCACAGCCCGCCGGUCGUUCUUACACCGUCAGAGGGACUGCCGAUGUUCGCCCAGCUGUUCCUAUGGAUACUGUGAGGCAUGAUAGCCGGUUUGAUGAGGAUACGAAUCAGCCCAUGGACCGUUUGCGAGGAGAUUUUAUAGAGAUUGUUCGCCUCUCCAACAACUUCCCAAGGCGACAUGAGCUGAGCCCAAUUCCGGUUGACACGGGCGAAUUUGACGCACGCCCUGUGCCUGUCAAUCAUCCGUCCCGGCGAUACGAGCGAGUUGUGGCUGUCGAAAGGCCAGACUACUUACAAGAGCAUGCUGGCCGUGUUCCAGUCUAUGAGCAAGCUGAUUUCAUCCGUCUGCCGCAGCGAUCGGAGCGCCAGGAACGUGUUGUUGGGUAUCAAUAUUACCCAGCUCGUCCAGGUUACGACCAAGUCGCCACAUAUGAAGCUGACCGCCCGCAUCAACCCUAUGGAACGGCUGCUCCCAUGGCGUAUCCUGGCGCUGAAAAUCAACAGCCACGCUUUGUGCGGCGAGUCCCAAGACAUGACGAAAAAAUCGCGAUCGAUUAA